AUGGCCACGGUCACGAAUAUCUCCGACGAAACAGAGCAGCUGUUCCCGCCCUGCAACUUUGAGAUGCUCCAGGACCCGAGGCCCUUUUUGGAGGACUACUGGGCAACCACUAUCCCCAUAGCUCUGAUCUACCUACUGCUCAUCAUUGUGGGGCAGAACUACAUGAAGGCACGGAAGGGCUACAGCCUGCAUUGGCCGCUCAUCCUCUGGUCCUUCUGCCUUGCCAUCUUCAGUAUCCUGGGGGCAGUGAGGAUGUGGGGAUUUAUGGGGACCGUGUUCCUUAGAGGGGGCCUAAAACAAACUGUGUGCUUCUCCAUCUUCAUCAACAAUUCCGUAGUCAAAUUCUGGUCCUGCGCCUUUCUUCUCAGCAAGAUCAUUGAACUCGGAGACACGGCCUUCAUCAUCCUGCGUAAACGGCCACUCAUCUUUAUACACUGGUACCACCACAGCACUGUUCUAGUGUACACGAGUUUUGGAUACAAGAACAGGGUGCCUGCUGGCGGCUGGUUCAUGGUCAUGAACUUGAGUGUGCAUGCCAUCAUGUACACCUACUACACUCUGAAGGCUGCCAAAAUGAAGUUCCCCAGGAUGCUUUCCAUGGUCAUCACCAGCCUGCAGAUCUUGCAGAUGUUUUUAGGAGCCAUCUUUGGCAUCUUGACUUAUAUCUGGAGGCAGGAAAAGGGAUGCCACACCACAGCGCAACACUUCUUCUGGUCCUCCAUGUUGUAUGCAACCUAUUUCAUCCUCUUUGCUCACUUUUUCUACCAAUCCUACAUAAUGCCCAAGAUCAAAGGCAAAACCAAGAACCAGUGAAGGGUUGGAGAGAAAGAGGGAGCCCCGGGCACUGAGAGUGUAAGCUUGGGUUGAGAGAAU